AUGGACCGUCUCCCAGUUCCAGCCCAGCUUCCAGACAUCGCCACACUCUCGAUCUCGUCGAUCUCUGACUACCACACGUUCGAGUUCCCGGGCCGUGACGCCCAGAAGGAAGCGGUCGUCGAUCUCCUCGACCAACAGGGCUUCAUCCCCGAGGAUGUCAUCGAGCAGGAGGUUGAGUGGUUCUACGGCGCGCUCGGCAUCGACGAUCUCUUCUUCUCCAAGGAGUCCCCCGACAUGAUUGCCAACAUCAUCCACACGCUCUACGCAGCCAAGAUCGAGUCGUUUGCCAAACUCAAGAUCGCCAGUGACGCGGACCCUGAAGCGGCUGCUGCCACUAGCAACCUUGCCACAGUGGCGGCCCCAGGCCUCCACGUCCACGACAAGAUCGUCACCGAUUCCCACGCUGUGUUUUUACAAACCGGCUCUGCGUUGGACGCCGAUAUCGACGAUCUUUUCCUGGAUUCCACCGACGCCUCCUGGCGUCUCGUUUCUUACAUCGCUGACAAUGCGCUCAAACUCACAUUUGUGUAUCGCACGAGCUUCUCAGCCCGCACAGACGCCUCAGACACCUCUGCCUCUCCAGAUCUCACCCCAGAACAACUUUACCAAGGCGAUAUCGACUCCAUAAGUGAUAUCACCAUGUCCCAAGUCACCUCCCAGGAAAACAAAAAACUUUACGGGCUAUUGAUGAACCAGAUGCGCCAACGCGAGGGACCUGUUAUCAAAACCCUCCAUUCUGUCGCUGAUCAAGAUGAAGUUCGCAUUGUAAUCGGCUUCAAGCGCGGAACUACCAAGCGGUACUACACUGCGCUCUCGUCCUUGCUCCAUUACUACCAAUUGAAGCCCUCCAAGAUCUAUCUCGAGACUUUCGCCAACGACGUGUCUAUCUACUCCAUUUACUUGAACGGCUCCCAACAAUCGGAAACUGUGCUCCACAACUUGUCCAUGUCUAUCCUUCAAGUCGAAAGAGAGGCCUCCCUAAUGUACGCUAUCCCAAGCAAUUUCUUUCAAGAUUUAUAUGAGAGAAGAUCUUUCUCCCCUCAAGAGGCCAUUUACGCGCACGUCGGUGCCAUUUUCAUCAACCACUUCAUCAAUAGGUUGGGUGACGAUUAUCAAACAUUGCUGGGCCAAUUAAACGUCUCCAACCAAUCCCAAAACACAAAUACCUCUCUUCUAGAAGUUCUCAGUAAUUUGAAGAAAAAAUUAAGAACCGAAACUUAUACUCAGCAAAUGAUCAUCGAUGUUCUUCACAAGUACCAAGUAAUUGUCUCCAAACUUUACAAGAAUUUCGCACAAAUUCAUUACGUUUCCUCGUCCAGAUUGGAAAAAACGUUGUCCUACCAAAGACUAUCUAAACUCGAACCUUUCAAAGAUGACUCUGAGUUUGAAUUGUUUUUGAAUAAAUUCAUCCCCAAUGAUUCCCCCGAUUUAUUGGUUUUGCAAACUUUAAACAUGUUUAAUAAAGCUAUCUUGAAAACCAAUUUCUUCAUCACCAGGAAAGUGGCCAUCUCCUUCAGGUUGAAUCCCGCUUUGAUCAUGCCAAAAGUGGAAUUCCCAGAGACCCCAUACGGUAUAUUCUUCGUGGUAGGUAAUACAUUCAAGGCCUUCCACAUUAGAUUCAGAGAUAUUGCGCGUGGUGGUAUUCGUAUCGUUUGUUCCAGAACUCAGGAAAUUUACGAUACAAACUCCAAAAUGGUCAUUGACGAGAAUUACCAAUUGGCUUCAACACAACAACGCAAAAACAAAGACAUUCCUGAAGGUGGCUCCAAAGGUGUCAUCUUAUUGAACCCCACUUUGGUCUCACCAGAACAAACUUUUGUUGCAUUUUCACAAUACGUGGACGCCAUUAUUGACAUCUUGAUUCAUGAUCCUUUGAAGGAAGAUUAUGUCGAUCUAAUGGAGCACCCUGAGAUUUUGUUCUUUGGCCCAGACGAAGGUACUGCAACGUUUGUAGAUUGGGCCACAAACCAUGCCAAGAGUAGAGGUUGCCCAUGGUGGAAGUCUUUCUUGACGGGUAAAUCCCCACAAAUGGGUGGUAUUCCUCAUGAUGCUUACGGUAUGACUUCUCUCAGUGUCCGUGCUUAUGUCAACAAAUUGUACGAAACUUUGGGAUUACAACAAACCCCCAUCAACAAAUUUCAAACCGGUGGUCCAGAUGGGGAUUUGGGUUCAAAUGAAAUCAUUUUAGCGACUCCAAAUGAACAAUACGUAGGGAUUGUUGAUGGUUCAGGUGUCCUUUGCGAUCCUCAAGGGUUAGACAGCUCAGAAUUACGGAAAUUGGCCCAUGCCAGACACAUGGUUUCUAAAUUCGAUAAAUCUAAAUUAAGUCCCCGCGGAUUCUUCGUUUCUGUAGACGAUAUUGAUAUCAUGUUACCAAACGGUGUCAUUGUUGCCAACGGGACCACUUUCAGAAACAGAUUCCACUUGGAAGUUUUUAAAUUUGUCGACAAAGUUGAUCUAUUUGUGCCAUGUGGUGGCAGACCAAACUCGAUCGAUAUCAACACCCUUCACUACUUCAUUGACGAAAAGACGAACAAGUGUAAGAUUCCUUACAUCGUUGAAGGUGCAAACCUAUUCAUUACUCAACCAGCCAAGCUUGCUCUUGAAGCACAUGGAUGCAUACUAUUCAAGGAUGCCUCCACCAACAAAGGUGGUGUGACUUCAUCGUCUAUGGAAGUUUUAGCUUCCUUGGCCUUGAACGAUUCUGAUUUCAUCGGGAAAUUCAUUGGCAAUAACCCUCAUGAGAGAACUCCACUUUAUCAAAAAUAUGUUAAGCAAGUUCAAGAGAAAGUUGAACAUAAUGCUCGCGCCGAAUUUAAACAACUGUGGUCAAUCAAUCAAAAAAAAGGUACUCCAAUUUCUGAGCUUUCAAACGUCCUUUCUCAAACUAUCAACAGGUUAAAUGAUAACUUGAUUGACUCAAACGAAUUAUGGUUGAACGAUUUGAAGCUGCGUAAUUUCCUUUUAUUGAAUAAAAUCAUUCCAAAGCUUUUGAUCGACGUGGCAGGCCCCACCGCUGUUUUAGAGAACAUCCCAGUUCCUUAUUUGAAAGCACUAUUGUCCAGUUACCUUUCUAGUACCUACGUGUAUGAAUACGGUACAGAGAUUAAUAUUGGCGAGUUUUUGGAGUUCAUGGGGGAAUUGAAAAGAGAGGCUGAAAACUUUGUAUUGGUAUGA